ACUGGCAGCAGCAGUGAGCCGGCAGCAGCCCGGGCAGGGGCAGCGUGGCCUGGACGAGGCGGGCACAGGGGGCAUGGAUUUGGGGGCAGACCGACCAUACGUCCCUCAGGGGACGCUGGAGACAGACUUCCCGACACCAUUGUACAGUGACGAGUACCUCACGCUGCACGGGCCCCGCAAUGCCCCCAUCCUGAAGCAGGCCGUGCGUUGGAAGUGCACCCCCAUGGGCCGAGAUGCCAUCUCCCAGACCUGGUACACUGGGCUGACCAACAGCAGCAACCGAGACGCCUGGUACACGCUCACCAGCGGCCUGAGCCGCGAGGCCUACCACCGCUGGGCUCGCUCCCAUGCCCAGAGGGAGCGGAAGACCUUGCCCCCUGCCUAUGCCCAGCACCUGUGGGAGGUAUCGUGGUAUGACCCAGUGGUCCCAGCUCAGUAUUUGGAGCCCAGUACCAGGUGGGGGGCCUUCCUGUGGAAAGACAAACCCGUCCUCGGAAAGGAGUAUGUUGUCAACCGUAACCGCGCCAGCAGUGAGCUGAAGGGCCACGCUGGCUACGUCCCCUGCUUGGCCGCCCACAGGCCCGCCUUCACCACCCGGGACCUCCGCACCUGGCCCCUCUUCAGCGCCCAGCCCUCCACCAACCAGUAAACGCUGCUCUGCCACAGGCUGCCUCUCGGGGGCUGAGGGGAGCGAGCGGGGCUGGGCGGCGAGCCGCCCCCAGGGGCAGGGCUGCCGGGGCUCUCCUGGGAGUCCUGCUGCAAUGAGCCCGGCUCUGGGCUCGUGGCCAGCAGCCCUGGGGACAUGGAGUACCCACGGCAGGCCUGUGUCUGCGCAGGCUGAGCUGGCAGCAGGCCCUGCCCACCCAUGCGCCCGCCUCCGGUGCCAUGCCACCCCCAGCGGGCUCCCCCUCCCGCCAGGAGCACACAGCAUCGCCACACGGGAAAUUCUCGGCUGCCUUCCCUCCUCUGUCCAACCCCUGCCCCUCGGCCGAGCCCUGGGGCCGGAGUGGGCGGCAGCCAGAGGGGUUAACAGCGACCCCCUCCCCCCCUGCAACUUUCGUUUCGGCACCGGCGCUGCGUGUGGGCAGGGCAAGAGGGCUCCUGGCUGGUUGUGCUCCCAGGCUGGGCCCAGGUUCCCCUUGACAUGCACUUAUUAGGGUGCUCUCAGGCUCACCCACCACCCCUAGUCCCCUGGCCUCCCUUCCCCUGGCAGAAGGUGCCAAGGGCAGAACCUGCUCUGGGCUCCUCCCCACACUGGCUUGGGGCCUUGUAGGGGAUACAGCUGAUGCUGGGCCCCCAGGCUUGCUGCUCUGUUCUUCCUCUGCAGCAUCAUUGCUGCCCUGAGCUGGCCGUGCCCGGGCAGGGCUCACCCACCAUCUCACCCCUGCUUUGUUCCCGCUCCAGGCAGCCACAGGGGCUGACAACGGUUCUGCCCCAGCCAUGAAAGGAUGAGCAGGUCCAGCAGCUUCCUGAGACUAUCCCCCUCCCCCGCCCCCCUCCCCUCCCCCAAGGACUCUCCUGCCUGGGCAGCUGGGUUUACCUGGCCCUCCUCCCCACGCACUCACUCACCAGCGCCCCCAUCCCUGGCUUCUCCCUCCCCAGAGCCAGUCCUGGGAGCCGGCAAGGCAGGGGCCCAACGUCCCCUGGGGUCCAGGCUGGAGGGUCCUGCUGCAGGGCAGGGGAAUAGUAGGGAUUCAAGUGGCCCCCUCCCUGCAGGCCUAGAGCUUUGCUGUAGACACACGAGUUGGAGCGUGAGGCUGGCUUGUCUUUAUUAACAACAGACCCCAGCCCUUUACC